CUAAAAACUAAAAACGUGCAUAGAGACCUAAGACCGGAUCUGCAUAGUCGAACCUGGAUCUGCGCUCCGUCGUGGCUACGCCUUGCCGCCGCUAACUCUGCCAGAGUCUGCGCACCAUCGCGGCUACGGCUUGCUGCCUUUAUUUCCGCCAUCAACCUAACUGCCAUUCCAACUUCUACAGGACACAAUAUGCUCCGGUAAUUUUGGAAAAUGGACAUCCCCUUAAAGUGAGACACUGUAUAUAAUGGAAUGUAAGAGGAUUUUACAAGAUAGGCUUCAUCAUACUCCAUAAAUCGGUUGUUCCAUAACGAUUUGAGAAUUAGCUUUGCAUCUAUCUUCCCAAUGGAGAAUCCCCAGCUCAAAGAGAUAAUAGAGAAGCAAGUGUUGACGGUGGCCAAGGCCGUAGAGGAUAAGAUCGAUGAGGAAAUUGCGGCCCUAGAUCGGCUAGACCUUGACGAUAUAGAGGUGCUCAGGGAGCGCAGAUUGCAGCAGAUGAAGAAAAUGGCCGAGAAGCGGAGCCGCUGGAAAUCUCUCGGCCACGGCGAGUAUUCCGAGAUAAUGGCCGAAAAAGAUUUCUUCUCCGUGGUUAAGGCCAGCGAGCGCGUUGUCUGCCAUUUCUACCGCGAGAAUUGGCCUUGCAAGGUAGUGGAUAAGCAUAUGCGAAUAUUGGCAGAACGGCAUAUGGAGACGCGUUAUGUAAAAAUUCAUGCUGAGAAAAGCCCGUUCUUGGCCGAAAAGCUGAAGAUUACUGUUCUCCCAACAAUUGCCCUUGUUAAAAAUGCUAAAGUAGAGGAUUAUGUGGUUGGUUUUGAUGAGCUCGGGGGAAAAGAUGAUUUUACGACGGAGGAACUAGAAGAGAGGUUAGCCAAAGCUGGAGUCAUCAAUCUUGAGUCUGAGUCUUCUUCUUUAAUGGCAUCAAAAUCAAAAUCUCAACAAAGGAGUGUUCGCCAAAGCUCAAAUGCAGAUUCGUCUGACUCGGAAUAAAUCGCAGAUGAAAAUGUUGUGUACUUGGUUGUGAAAGAACCCAAACUUUUGUACUUUCCUUUGUUCAGAAACAUGUAGGGUAACUCUUACAAAGUUGUGAACUCAUAUCUUGAGUUGUUUUUAGAUACCAUAUAACCUAUUUCCAUUACAUGUGAUUUGUAAAGCGUUCAAAUAUACAAAACCACCAUGGGAUGUGUGUGUAUU